AUGCACUCGUGUUCGGUAUCCUACGAGCUUGCAAACAUACUACAGAAGAGGAGAAUUAACAUCGCGUGCCUACAGGAGACGAAAUGGAAAGGAAAGAAGGCGAGAGAGUUGUCGGAUGGAUACAAGUUCUUCUACUGGGGGAAAGACGGGAAGAGAAACGGGGUGGGAAUUGUGUUGGAUAAGGAUUUUAAGAAUAAUAUAAUAGAAAUUAAUAGAGUCAGUGAUAGAAUAAUUUACAUAAGGAUUUUACUGGGCGACCUGGCGUUGACUAUUAUGAGCGUAUAUGCACCCCAAGCUGGAUGUGAUGGAAGGAUAAAGGAAAAGUUCUGGGAAGAAUUUGAUACCACCUUAAUGAAUGUACCCUCUGAUGAUCAGCUGGUUAUAGGAGGCGACUUCAAUGGGCAUGUUGGCAAGAAUAACUAUGACUACGAACGCGUACAUGGAGGUAAAGGAUUUGGCAGUAGAAAUUUUGAAGGGGAGUGCAUAUUAGAAAUGGCUACAGCAUUUGACUUGGCUCUGGUUAACACAUACUUUCAAAAGAAAGAUGAACACCUUAUAACUUAUAAAAGUGCUCAACAUGCAACACAGAUAGACUACAUGUUAACCAGAAGAACUGAUAUUAAAAAAGUCAAGGAUUGUAAAGUUAUACCCGGGGAGCCUCUAACUAGUCAACAUAGAUUAUUAUUCGUAGAAUUAGAUAUUGAUCUCAAUAGAAUUAAUUAUAGGCAAAAACAUGUACCAAAGACCAAAUGGUGGCUACUGCAAAAUGAAAAUUUUGCAGCAGAUUUUAAAGAUAGAAUAGUAAGAAAAAUUUGA